UUUCAGAUGACACCACAGCGGUUGUUGCGAGUGCUUAGGAUAUUAAAAAGGUAAUGUCCCAUGGAAUGCUGAAAUUGUUUGCUGCUGCUGCGCUAGUGGUCUUUACUGUCAUUCUGUUGUUGUUUUCCGUUUUACCGAAUUCAACAGAAGGAGUUGAUGACAAAAGUCAAAUAGAAUGGAACUAUUCAAUAGUAAUAGAUGCUGGUUCCACUGGAUCCCGUCUUUUUCUCUAUAAAUACCGUUCUGUAAAUGAUCGAGAACUAAUCGACGUAAAACCAGUCAUGGAUGAAUUAUCGUUUCGUCCUGUUGUGAAAAAGAUCACUCCUGGAUUGUCUUCAUUUCGAGAUAAACCUGAGGACGCUGCUGAGUAUAUUAAACCUCUUCUGGAUUAUGCAGUUGAGUUUAUUCCAUUGAACAAGCAUUUGUAUACAUCCCUCUUCAUAUUUGCAACAGCUGGAAUGCGUCUACUUCCCAUAGAAGAACAAAGUGAGAUAUUGCGAAAUCUACACCAAAAUCUGCCUUUUCAAACAAACGUACAAAUCAUUCCAGGCCAUAUCAAGGUUAUCGAAGGGAAAUGGGAAGGAAUUUAUUCUUGGAUUGCUGUAAAUUAUAUCCUUGGCCGAUUUGCUCGUAAUAGAACAGAAUUUUUGCGGCAGCCUACGGUGGGUAUAAUAGAUAUGGGUGGCGCUUCGGUACAAAUUGCGAUUGAAUUAAAUUUAACUAGUGGCAUUGGUGAGUCCGUGGAAAGCAUCAACUUGGGCUGCAAGGAUAGUGAGCAGACAUACAGCUACCGACUCUUUGUGACAACAUUUCUUGGCUAUGGCGUGAAUGAAGCUCUUCGGAAGUAUGAGCAAAAAUUAAGCAACGACUUGGUUAUGGAUAAUACUAAUAAGUCUUAUAUACGAGAUCCGUGCUUGCCAGUGAAUCUGCUGAAAACAGUAAAAAAUAAAGAUGGUUCACAAUUUAGUCGAAAGGGUAUUGGGGAUUGGGACACCUGCAUGAAGAAUCUAGCGUCUUUAUUGACUACAACAGUGGCGAAUCCAGAAUGUUACGUACAACAGUGUUUGUUUGGGCUAGUUCGUUCCCCCUCCAUUUCUCUAUCAGAAAUUGAACUAUAUGGCUUCAGUGAGUAUUGGUUUUCGCUGCAAGAUGUUUUAUCCAUAGGCGGACAAUAUGAUUUCAGUAAAACGGCAUCAAGAGCACGUCAGUUUUGUCAUAUGAAAUGGUCGACGAUACAGAUUUCUUUGGCGUGACAAACAAAGCUUUUAAACCUUCGGGAUCCUUUAUUUGCUACUUUCAUUUUAUCUAAAGUCCACCGCUCGCAAAUAUUACCGUCUUUAGAAAAAAUACAAUAUCGGAAUAAUAUCUAUCCAAAAGCGGAUGAAGAUCGACUGCGAUCACAGUGUUUUAAAUCAGCUUGGAUAACAGCUGUUCUCCAUGAAGGCUUUUCCAUUAGUAAAACUCAUAAUCGUUUUCGAUCUGUUUUCGAUGUUAAUGGACAAGAAGCGCAUUGGUCGUUAGGAGCUCUGCUGUAUCAUAUGAGAUAUUUUCCACUUCGCGGAACUAUACAGCGUAAGCUGCAAUAUCCUAAUUACCGAAUAGUUAGUGAUCGAAUCCCUACAUAUUGGAUUAUAUCGCUAGUUUUACUCGUUGUUAUUGCAUUGUGGGUAUUGUACAAGGCUGGUAAGAAGCGGUCCUUACGACGUGAUUCAUCCAUGUGGGGGUAUAUGGCAUUGUUGUUAUCACAGGAUCAACUUUACAUGCAGCCUUAAUUGUAUUUAUUAUUAUGUAACCAAUAGGGAGAUAUUUUUAUUGGAAUAGAUUUAUCUCUUAUUAAUCUUGUUCGUUAUUAAUCUUUCACUUCAAAAUUGCAUAUCACUGAGGGAAAAAAUUAAGAUCUUAAGCACAACAGCAAGUAAUAUGAGCGAAAAAUUCAAACUAAUUUUUAGUUGUACCGGUUUUAAUUCUGUUGCUUUUGAUAUUUUUUGUUGUUACAUUUUUCUGUGUCUCUGUUGCAGAGUAGAUGUUUGAAAUCCGGUUUUCCCAGUUGGAUGUUAAUGUUAACGAUGCUAAACUUAUUAGCUCAUUUUUGUGUCCUAACUUAAUUUUCACUUUAUUGAGAAAUCACUAUUAAAAACUAAAUGAUUGUUAUUUGUAUUAUAGUUGCAUCAUUUCUCUUUCUUUGCCUUAGUUUGGAAAAUGAAAUGCAAACUUUUUUCUCCAAACAAUAUUCAGGAACGAGUAAAAAAAGAUAGUAG